AAUCCGCAUCCAGUUUAGAUUUAAUAUAGCAGACGACAAAUAUUACAGUAUUCAAAUCUUAUUUUAUACCGUGUACACUGUAGAAGCUGAUGGCGGUGCUAAUGGAAUAUAUUUUAUUUCGAUAUGUUUUUUCAGGAUUAUAUUUCCGCAAAAUGUAAGAAGUAGAAAAUCGGGAAAUUUAAUUUUUUUUUGAUAAACAGACAGAUUUCCAGGAAUUUUAGACCAAACUUACCGAAUCUGGGCCAUGAUUUGUGAAAAUAAAUAUUGUGUUGUGCGUAAAUAAGUUGCUCUUGAUAUUACCGUGUGUUUAUAUUUUAAAAAUACCCAGUUUGAAAAGUUUGGAAAUCAGUUUCAUAAAUUUAAAUUCCAGGUGUAAGAAAUCAGGUAUUAAAAUGUCGUUGUUUAACCGAAAAUCAAAAAGUACUGAUUCGGUACAAGCUAUGACGAUGAAAUCUCUAGACGACGGAUCUAGUGGUAAAGAUAAUCCUAUAUUUAUUGUUGAGAAUUAUAGUGAAAAUAUAUCGAACACUUCUGAUAGUAGUGGAAUUGCCUCCAUUGAAGAUAUUGAAUGUACCGGACCAACAGAUUCCAACGAUGACUCCAUUAAACACCAGAACACAGCAGGCGCAGCGCAAGGACCAAACGACACACCGGCACCUCAACUAAAGAAAACAUUAACAUUGCUAAAUUGCGCAGCCAUCAUGAUCGCAGUGACUGGACAUUCAUCGGUUUUCAUUUCACCGACCGCUAUUUUAGGUGCUGCUGGUUCUGUAGGCGCUGCCUUGGUUGUGUGGUUAGUUGGGGGAUUAAUAAACAUGGGACUAGCUCUAUGUUUCGCUGAGCUUGGAACAAUGUUUCAAACGGCUGGUGGACCGUAUGCGUUUGUUAUGAAAGGUUUAGGACCGUUACCAGGGUUUUUAAUAAUGUAUGGUUAUACUGUGUUGAUAGCGGGACCGUUCUGGGCGUUUUUAGCGUACACAGCAGCUCUUUACAUAGUUAAACCUAUAUUCCCGGAUUGUGAAACAGAAAAUGUCGACCUGGGUGUGAAAAUAUUAGCUGGUUGGAUUAUGAUAACUCUAGUGGCAUUGAAUUGUGUAUAUAUGAAAUAUGUUAAAAGAAUCCAGACCUUCCUAUCCAGUACAAAGAUCUUCGCCUUGUUGAUAAUAGUAAUCGGCGGUAUAUAUCAGCUAGCUAUAGGAGAAACAGAAUAUCUCCAGCAGCCUUUCACUGGAACUUCCGAAGAACCUGGAGGAAUAGCUAUAGCCAUCUUUUACUCCAUUUUCUCUUAUGGCGGAUGGCAGGUUAUGACCAGUUUAACAGAGGAAGUCAAGCAACCAGGAAGAGAUCUGCCCCGUUCUGUGUAUAUAUCGUUUGUAAUAGUUAUAAGUCAAUAUAUUCUAACUAACGUGGCUUAUUUUACAAUUUUAUCACCAACAGAAGUACUUGGUUCAAAUGCUGUAGCUUUAUUAUUUAUACAAAGAUUGUAUAAACCCAUCACGGCUGUUAUAGCGGUAUUUGUGGCACUAACAUCAAUUGGUGCUUUAAACGCGUCCAUUAUGGGACUGCCAAGAUUGCUGUUUGCUGGAGCUAGAGUUGGUCAUAUGCCCGUUAUAUUGGGAAUGAUACACAUCAAAUACAGGACACCAUGGCCAGCUACAUUUGUAAUGAUGGCCUGGUCUCUAGUUAUGUUAUAUGCCGGUGGUCUCGAGACCAUGAUGCAAUAUAUAUCUCUAUUUUCUACCAUUAUGGGAAUCGCUGUCGUCACAACUCUACUCGUGCUAAGAUAUAAACAACGUGAUCUUCAUAGACCAUAUAAGGUGAUGUUAUUUGUGCCCAUACUAGAGCUAUUAGUGAAUGUGGCGGUAUUGGUAUUAGGUAUAUAUCAGAGACCUCAUCAGAUGGGAAUAGGUUUAGCUAUAUUAUUUGGUGGUAUACCCCUCUAUUGGCUUGGUGUCUUGUGGAGAAAUAAACCAAAAGAAUUUACAGAUCUUGUUGAAUUUUGGACUGUGACGACCCAGAAACUGUUAGUAUUAGUCAAAGGUACCUGAAACAGCCAUUCAAUAGUUAUAAUUAUAUGUACAUAU